CUCAGUCACGUGCAGAAGACAGUUUACGACAGCGAAAUAGAUUUUCCUCGUUGCUUUGUUUUUGUAAUCAUAUUUACCGGGGCUUUUCUGUAUCGUCUUAAUCUGAGUACAUUUUUUUAAAAAACGGUUAAAAUUUGCAGUCAAACGACAAACAACCGUAAUUAAGUAUUGGGCUCUAAUAUAUGUGGAUAAAAUAAUAGCAAUAUAUGAGUAACAGAAUUUAAUUUUAUUUGAUGGCAGGAGUGAAACAACAAACGGUUUGUUUGUUGUGUGACGUAGUGUACGUCACAGCCUCUAGAGGGCGCUAGCAAGUACAGAGGACUCCAAAAGGUUAACAUACAGACUCGCAUUUGACUGAAAACAGGGCUCCUUGGUGACGUCGUUGCUCCCGAAAAUUCCCAGAGACGCCUAUUGCACGUCGUUGUCGCCAGGGCAAGCAGGGUUGCGCUACUAACACAGGCUACCACAGUUAAGAGAAAAGAAGCAAAAUGUACUAAGUCUGCUUUCAAUCGUAAAGAACGGGUUAUGAGUCCAUUUUACGAAGUCUUGCUCGUCCUCCCUACAGGUUAAGUGACAGUCGAGAAUGGAAGGCAACUCACUACCAGGAGUGUCCUCGAGGAUUAGGAGACAGAAAAGCAAGAAAUCUGGCCAAACAACAGAUAAAUCAGCACGGAGUCUCUCAAAGGAAGAUAUCGCAAAGUUCAUCAACAGUCGGAAGCAGAACAUCUGCGUCGGCCUGCUUGAACAUGGCUUCCACAGGUCCUUCUCUGAGCUCUUUUUGCUGCUGCGCUUGGAUCAGGAGCGCAGGGAGGCGGCAGAGAUCAACUCGGCUCUCAGUCUUCAGACACCGCUGGAGGAGCAGCAUGAUAAAAUAAAGAGCAUCGGUUUGCACUUGAGCCGCGCCGAGCAGGCCCAACGGGACGGUCGCUGGCCAGCGGCGUACGAGCAGCGACUCCAUUUGGGCGCCUACUUCACGGCGGAGUUGGAGGACCUGUGGCUCAGCUUGCACUUCUACCACACGUGCACCGACGCGAAGGAGGACGGAUGCAUGAGGCACGCCACCGAAGGACGGGCCUGCUUGGCCGAGCUCUACCUACAGCAAGGUCAGUUGGACAAAGCGAGGCAGCAGGCCGAGCUGUGCGUGCGAAUGGCCGACGAAGGCGCUUGGCUGGACUCGUCCGGCCGCCCCCUGCCGCGCCGAUCCCGCGAGAGCCUGUGGGCCAUAUACAGCCGCCAGGCGGACGGUUGCAUCAAGGCCGGCGAUCCCGACCAGGCUCUCGAGCUCCUCCAUAGAGGCUACACCACCGCGACUGAAUCUGAAAACAAACACAUUGAAGGGGAAGCCGCCUAUCAGCUUGGACUCGCCUACUAUAGUGUCGGCGACUUUGACACAUCCGAACAGUACCUCAACACCUCCAUGGAAAUCUGCAGCACCACUGAGGAUUUCGACGGCCUGGGAAAAGCCUACAAGGCCGUGGCCAAGUUAUGUGAAAGCAAGGGAAAUAUCAACAACACCAUCCAGCUUUUGGAGACUUUAGUUGACAUGUCCCGGAGCAAGAGCCUACAUCACCACCUGGUCGACGCAUGCCUAUGUCUGGGCAAUGUCUACACCAACAGGAGGCAGUAUGACCGAGCUCGCGAGAGCUUGCUACAAGGUUACAACGUGGCCUGUGACAUUGGGGACGUGACUUUGGUGCAGAAGGCUCAGGUGUCACUGGCCAGUGCUCACACCCGUUGCAUUGUGGAGAAGUACAGUGCGGACGUGGAGUCCACCGCACCGGCCGCCCUGUCACGUCUUCUGGCCUGGAAAGUGUCAAGAGGACUCCAUGAGGCCAGUGACAAUGCUGGAGUGUGCGACUAUUAGGCCUGGUCUACAUGUAGCUGGGCUUUUUUAAAACUGAAAAUUUGUCACUCACUGUGUUGGAAAAAAAUUCGGUCCACAUUGGCUCGUUUGUUUAAAAAAAAAAAAAAAAAACGCAUCCACAUCACCACCUUCGUAUGUGCGUCUUUCAGCACAUUUACAAUGAUGUUUUUCAAGGAUGUCAAGACGACGCUUCAUAAUGCACCACACAUUUCCAAUGGGAGACAGGUCUGGACUGCAGGCGGCCCAGUCUACUACCAGCACUCUUUUUCAAUGAGUCCAUGCUAUUGAAACACAUGCGGAAUGUUGUUUGGCAUUGGCUUGCUGAACUAAGCAGGGGUAUCCAUCAAAAAGACGUUGACUGCAGAAAAUAUCCCGUUUGCAGAAUACCCGCCUACGUGUAGACAAUACCUAAGACACAUCAUGGACUGUAGUACCUUGACUUGUCCCAAGUUACUUGUCGAUUUUUACUUUUCAUAGCAAGUCACGGGUUGCAGGAUUGUAUGGAUGUCUGCAUGUAUGUCGCUACUACUACUUUCGUUUUAAGCAUAUUAUUACAUUCUUGACUCAGUGAAACAUACCCUCCUUUUAAAAAUAUGUAUGUAAUGAAUAACACUUGUUGGUCUGUCAUUGAGAAGCUUGCAGUUGUCAAGUUACUAACUAACAAAGCAAAAUAAAUCUAAGCUAUUAUGAUUAUUAUUA